CUAUGACACGUUAUAAUGUUUACCUGAAAAAUGAUUAAAUUGACGAUUGAAAUGCAAAUUUCUUCAAUAAUAUGUUAAUGUAGUGAAUCCGUGGAACAUUUUUCACGAUAAACCGGAACAAUAAUCGAAAAAAUUGGACAAUUACUGGGCUGUGCAUUUUUUCCCUAAUUGUGUAGAAAGAAUUGUCGUGCUCGUCGUUGACGAUGGUUGAACAAUAAAAUCGAAAAAUCCCAAUAAAAAGUGUGAAAAUAUGAACUAAAUCUGGAUAGUCAGUGUAAUUUUAUGACUAACAAUGUGCUUGUUUCGAUUUAAAUGAGGACCGUUCCGAUUAAGUGGUUCAUUAUGCAUUCGAAUUAUAAGGUGAAACAAAAUGCUGAAUAAAUUCUAAGCCAUGGAUAAAUGAGACAGAAUUUGUUUGAAGUGUCACAUGCUUUGUGGAAUCGGUUGUGUUAUUAUUUUACAGUUUCGUUUGUACUGUUUGCAGUGAAGUAGUUUUUCAUUAAUAGUCAUAUUUUUGUCGACUCAAUUUACGUCAAUGAAAAUGAUACCAUGUGGAUUAAUUCUGUUCGUCUUAUUGGCUUUACCAUACAUAGAAAGCGGAUACGUAAAAGAAUCUGGUGGUAAACGUUUGAAUGAGUACAUAUCACAUUACGAAACGCUAAGCUACGAUGAACGGCACAUUCACGCUAGUCAUAACAGGGCGAAACGAUCGGUCACCAAAGAUCCUCAUGUUUUUUUAAAAUUCAAAGCGCAUGGACGAAAUUUUCACAUUAGAUUAAAGAGAGACAUUAGCACGUUUAGUGAUAGUUUAGUUAUCGAUAGUCCCAAAGGUGUCAUUUCCGUUGACUCUUCGCAUAUAUACAGAGGCGAAGUGCUAGGCGAGCCAGAUAGUUUGGUUUUCGGUUCGAUUCACGAUGGUGUAUUUGAAGGGAAAAUAAUUACCGAUCGGGAUGCUUACUAUGUGGAAAAUGCGAAACAUUAUUUUCCGAACCGGACCCAUCUCGAUCACGGUUUUCAUUCCGUUAUUUACAAUGAAAAUCAUGUCGAAGAUGCGUAUGCACAUAAAAGAGAGGGACAUGUGGGUGGCUGUGGAAUAAAUGAAGAAGUAUCUCAAUGGAUGGACAACAUACAAAAUUCUGCCGUUGACGAACCUCCUCCAAAGCGACACAAUUCGUCUUCGCAUCAAACAAAGCCAGGAAAUGUGCACCACAACUCGUUAUUCAACCAAGAAUUUCGGUUGCCACACGAAAAAUACAGUCGUGAUGCGAACUGGCGGGACAGAUCGAAUGCAGGUAGCGAUGAUGAUUGGCAUGCACAAUCACAUGAACGGGUGAGACGGGCCACCCGACCCAAAGAAGAAAAUAAAAACACUUGCUCGUUGUACAUACAAACGGACCCAUUAAUAUGGAGACACAUUAGAGAGGGAAUAGCUGAUCACGAUCGCGGUAGAAAAUCUGAAAUAGACGAAAAGACUCGUGAAGAAAUUUUAUCUUUAAUUGCUCAUCACGUGACUGCUGUUAACUACAUUUAUAGAAAUACGAAAUUUGAUGGUAGAGUUGAACAUAGGAAUAUUAGAUUUGAGGUUCAAAGAAUUAAAAUCGAUGAUGAUUCAGCGUGUAGUGAAUCGUACAACGGCGACUUAAAUCCAUUCUGCAUGGAGAACAUCGACGUGUCCAAUUUCCUCAAUUUACACUCUCUCAGCAAUCAUGAGUUCUUCUGUUUAGCCUACGUAUUCACGUACAGGGAUUUCACUGGAGGAACCCUUGGCUUAGCUUGGGUAGCUUCAGCAUCUGGCGCUUCGGGAGGAAUAUGUGAAAAAUACAAAACGUACACGGAAACGGUUGGCGGUCUUUAUCAGAGCACCAAGCGUUCGUUGAAUACAGGAAUCAUUACGUUCGUUAACUACAAUAGUCGAGUACCGCCAAAAGUGUCUCAAUUAACACUAGCCCAUGAAAUUGGCCACAAUUUCGGAUCACCGCAUGACUAUCCUCAAGAAUGUCGACCGGGUGGACUCAGCGGAAAUUACAUAAUGUUUGCUAGCGCAACUAGUGGUGAUCGCCCGAACAAUAGUAAAUUUUCGACAUGUUCCAUACGGAAUAUAUCCAAUGUUCUAGAUGCUAUUGAAGACAGCAAGAAACGCAAUUGUUUCUUGAUGUCAGAGGGUGCCUUUUGUGGCAAUAAAAUUGUUGAAGUCGGCGAAGAAUGCGACUGUGGCUUUAACGACGAAGAGUGUCAAGAUAAAUGUUGUUAUCCGCGACAAAUCAAUGAAAAUGACAUUAGCGUCAACCUAACAGCUCGUGGUUGUACGCGACGAGCACGUACUCAGUGCAGUCCCAGUCAGGGACCGUGCUGUCUUAGUGAAACGUGUACGUUCGUACCGGCUGAAUUCCGAACGAAAUGCAAAGAGCCAACAGAAUGUUCGAAGAGUUCUACAUGCAAUGGCACGACGCCAGAAUGUCCAGAACCGGAGCCGAGAGACGAUCUCACUAAGUGUAAUAAUGGAACGCAGUUGUGUAGUAAGGGGGAAUGUACUGGUUCGAUCUGUUUGUUGUGGAAUAUGACCGAAUGCUUCCUAACAUCGCAAAUUAUUCCAAACAUCAACAAACGCAAACUGUGUGAAUUGGCUUGUCAAGAUGGCAACAACUCGAACACGUGUCGAAGUACCAGCGAAUUUGGACUGCAAGUCGGACUUCCCGAAGAAGGAAUUAGUCUUCGUCCCGGUUCGCCUUGCGACAACUUCCAGGGAUAUUGUGAUGUUUUCCUGAAAUGUCGGGCUGUCGACGCAGAAGGUCCGUUGGUGAAGCUGAAGAACCUUCUGUUCAACAAACAAACAUUGAUUACCAUCACUCAAUGGGUCAUGGAAAAUUGGUACUUUGUUGUGCUGCUUGGCAUCGCAUUCGUCAUUUUCAUGGGAAUGUUCAUUAAAUGCUGUGCUGUACACACACCCAGCUCAAAUCCGAAAUUGAAAAAACCGCGACGCAUCAGCGAAACGUUAAGACGACCGAUGCAUACGUUGCGAAGAAUGAGACACCACGGAAAUCGUGGUGCUGGACCACGAAGUAUACCACCGCCACCACAUGAACGCGGCGGACGAGUCGUUGAAGGUCGUGGUGCAGCGAGUGCAUCUGCUGCAACGCCGAGUGGACGAGAGCCGAGACGCCAACCGAGACCAUCAAGUAGUUCUAGGGGACCAACACAUCAUGGGUAUGGUGAGGGACGAGGAGCUCAAUAUUACCCACCGAAAGCCACCGCGCCACCAGCAAACUAUAGUCGACCACCAAAUAAUCCAGAGCUCUAUGCAGAUGCAUACGAUCUCCCGCAUUCUAGGCAACCAAACAAUAAAGUCUGACAGCCAAAAUCAAUUUCAAUUAUCGAAAAGACCGCAAACAUUUCCAACUACAACACAACAACAUCAUCACCAUCAUCAUCAUCAACAGCUGAAAAAGUGUACAACUCUGAUGGUAACAGCAGUGGUACAAAAGAGUUUUUUCAAUUUUCCAUUUUCAUGUUCUCGAAUUGUAAUUCUCAUUUCUUAUAAUUCGUAAAAUUGAUUUUAAUUAAUUAACUUAGCCGUGAGCGCCAAAAUGUGGUGUCAAAGAAUUUCAAUUCCAUUUUGAUUUUGAAAUAGUGAAAAUGAAAAUGAAUUUUCCAGAUUUUUUGUCCAUAAAUUUAUUUUAAGUUCGGUAUUUAAAUUAAGUCUGAUUUUGAAUGGAUGAGGAGCACAUUACAGUUCAGAUCACUCACAAGACACUUAACACAAAAAUAAGUCUGUGAUAGAUAAAUGAAACAAAACAAACAAAAUUAAUCGAGAAUGUAGGAGCAUUGAUGUCGGUUUUAAUUUUAUUUUGCAUUUAUUUUCGAGAUUGUUAUGGGUUUUUUGGGGUUCGACAUCAGGGCGUAUUUUUUGGAAUUUAUUUCUGGAUUUUUUUUUUGACAAAUUCCGACAAAAUUUCGAAAAGUUCCGACAAUUUUCCGUAAAGUUCCGUAAAAUUCCGACAAAAUUUCGAAAGGUUCAGACGAAGUUCCGGAAAGUUCCGAAAAAUUCAGACAAAAUUUCGAAAGGUUCCGACGAAGUUCAGUAAAGCUCCGAAAAAUUCCGACAAAACUUCGAAAAGUUACGACAAAGUUCCAAAAAAUCUGACAAAGUUCCGGAAAAAUUCCGACAAAAUUUCGAAAAGUUAUGGCAAAGUUUCGGAAAAAUUCCGACAAAUUUCGAAAAGUUACGACAAAGUUCCAAAAAAUUCUGACAAAGUUCCGACAAAAUUUCGAAAGGUUCCGGAAAGUUUCGAAAAAUUCAGACAACAUUUUGAAAGGUUCCUACAAAGUUCCGGAAAUCCCGAAAUUUGUUCAGAACUUUCCGUAAUUUUUCAGAAUUAAAUUUUCAAAAAAAAGCCCAAUUCGACAUACACCAAUAUUACGCUCAGUUUAAGAAGGUUGUUGCCACGCCACUCGCAGAGAAUUUUUUGUAUUUAAUUUUUAAAACACAAACAAAGGAAAUGAGGAACAUACAACCCGCCAUAGCAAAAAAAAAAUAAUCUCAUCUUCUCUCGGUGCCCUGAGAAGUUUAUUCAAACUUGCGAGAACUAAAUUUUAAAGAAUCUCGCCAUUAGUGCAAUAGGAACGUUUCUCGUGUUGUUUGUACUGACUUUAUUAAAUUUCUCUGUAACAAACCACUCAAAUCCGUUCAAACGCAAUGCUCCUAGCCUCAUACAGCCCUGUUAUAGACAUCAUAUAACUGCUUAAACUACAAACAACGUAAAUCAAACGACAGAAUUUGUCAUGCAUAUAAAAUUUGAGGAAAAAUGUUUACUCAAAAACGUGAAGUAAAGUUGAUCGGAGAAGCUUUACUUUAAGUUCUUGAUUCAAAUACUUGUGAAUGGGACAAAUAAUGGAAAAAAGGUCUUGUGUGGUUAUCGACCUCGGGGUCGACCUCGUAUCGCUUAACUUCACACAAAAAGUACAAUUUCCAUCAUGGUCUCAUUCAUAAGCAAUGUACUAAUUACUUGCCAAAUGUAUUCAACUGCCAAAACAACAAAAGAGUAAAACGAACAAAAAUAUCAAAAUUCUAAAACAGAAAUUACAAUCAUAAAGCAUCAAAACUUUACCCAAUACAGAAACACACUUCGGGAAAAUGAAGUUUAAAAAGAACCGAAUUACUAUGUGAAUAGGGACGUUGAACUUGAAAAUACAAUUUGCUUUGCAAUUUUUAUGUAACAGUUGACGUCAAAGGAAACCGCUUUCCCAUACGCACCUCAUUGAAAUAUUGCAUUGUUCGCUUGGAAAUCAAUUUGAAAACACCCAAGUUAAUAUGAUAUGACGUCAUAUCAAGUUUCUUUUGGUUGACGUCAUUAAAAACAUGUUAAAGAUCAAAAUAUUGCUUAGAUGCAAUGUCCUUAUUGAAGAGUUCAAUAAUUUAUAAAUUUCUCGCUCACUGAAAGCCGAAAAUCUCAACAAAACGAAGGCUUCGCAUAUACCAAGUAUGUAAAGCAGGUUUUACUUAUUUCAUUUACAUACUUUUGCUUUCCCUAGGUGUUCGAAAGUGGCUUAUUACAGGCCUACUGGCCUACGGAUGAAAAUUAAAUCAAAAGUAAGCUCAAAAUCAUGUAAAAUCCAUUACAUAGCUCGGGUUUAAAAUGGAAUGUCUCGUUGUGGUAGGUUUAUCGGCUUCGCCUCGGAUCACACAAAAACUCUACUUUUCAUUGAUUGUUAUGUAGUCAUUUACGUAACUAUUCGUUGAAAAGGUCACUUUGCCGUUGCAAAUAGUAUUUUUGGUUACGAGUUAUGAAAUGUAGAAUUAAUCGUAAGAUCUUUCUAACGGUAACGAGGCGAGGUCGAGAAACAUGAAAUAUCCUUUACAGUUCUUGUAACAUAUAAACUGUUACUUUAAACGAGUACUAAAGAAAAAUGGGAUAAUAAUCAAACGUUUGCGUUACAUGUGUAACAGUUAGGGAUGUGAUUUUGAUUCAGUUACGAAUAAUAAGCAUUUUUUUCGCUGUUUGGUAUUUCAGUCUUAUUUCGGGCGUCAAAUGCUCAAAAUGUCCAAAUGGAAAAGGCGGAACUGGUGGUCCCUCUUUGUCAUUUCUUGAUGACGUGUCAGUAAAGGCAAUUUCCUCUCUUAGAGAAAAACAAAAUGAAAAUGACAGUUGGUUCAAUCUAAAAAAACAUUUGACACUUUUUUAAGAGUUUUAAAAGUCAUCGUUCACAGUCUCAAUAAAGUGGUUCCAGGUCUAUGAUAUUUU